AUGCAGAUCACUGAGAAGAUAUACAGUGCCAGCACCAUGGCACAGGGGUUCUGUACAGAAAAGUGUUCUUUUUUUUUUUUUUUUUUUUUUUUCGCUUUCCUGUCCGGUCGCAACCCGCUGCUGGCAGCCUCCUCCCUUGAUCUAAAACCUGAAGUUAACUAUUACUGGCACCAUGGUGAGGAAAUUGUUGUUCAUGGGCAUCGAAAGGGUAGAGUCGAUCCUGUGCGAUUUCAGAUAGAUGAUAAACCGCACCUCCAGAUCCGCGUACCAAAGCAACUUCCAGAGAUUGUCCCACUGGAGUCAGAUCUUGGAGAUGUUCCCGUUAUUAAUCACAAACCAUCCAAACUGCCAUUGUUCAAAAAGCAGUAUGAAAACAAGGUAUUUAUAGGAUCAAAGGUAGCAGAUCCAUGCUGUUACGGACACACCCAGUUUCAUCUUAUUCCUGAUAAACUAAAACGGGAGAGGUUUGUAAAAGCACACCUUGAGGAUCAGAUUGAAGUUCUUUAUCGAGCUAAUGGUAUUGCAAGUCUGUUUGCCUGGACAGCAGCACAAGCAAUGUAUCAAGGAUUCUGGAAUGAAGCAGAUGUGACCCGUCCUUUUGUAUCGCAGGCAGUAGUGACUGAUGGAAAAUACUUUGCUUUCUUUUGUUACCAGCUAAAUACUUUAGCAUUAACUGCAGAAACUAUUAAAAAUAACCCUCGGAAGAAUAUCUGUUGGGGUACAGACAGUAAGCCAUUGUAUGAUGUUGUGGAAGAUGGUAGUGUGAAAGGCUUUAAUGAUGAAGUUCUGCUUCAGUUGGUUCGUUUUCUGUUAAACAGGCCAAAAGAGGUAUAAAUCAUUAAACAAUAAAGUAUUCCUGUUUACGUGCCUGAACUUCAUUGUAACUCCAUGAAGUAUGGCCUAGAAUAUGCCUUGUUCUUAGUCAAGUAUGUGUCUAGCAAACACUAUAUAUAUCUUUUAUGAUACUUGGGCCUUAUUUCUUUAUUUUAAAUGUAUGAUACUGUACAGUGAAAAAUAAAUGUUUAAAUACCUUAAUGUCUUCUGUGUAUUUACUGUUAGAAGUGUAUUGCAUGGAUUCAAAGUCAUGUGAAUACUUUCUUUUAGCAGAUCUGCAGCUCUAUGUUGAACUAUCACAGUAAAGGAUGAAUUCACAUGACCAUCUGAUUAUGUUGCUAGGUAACUGCUGUCUUGAUAUUUGGGACCAGUGAAAAAUUUCUGAUUUUGUGCCUGAAAGUAAGUUAGUUGUCUUAAAUGCUUACUCUUCCUAAAGAGAAAAUGAGCUCAGAAUAGAAAGUGAAAAGUAAAAGAUGUAAAAGUGAAUGGUUGGAAGUUUAAUUACAUAGCAAGGCAAAUUCUUAGACACCUAUCAAGCAGCAGUAUAAACACAAACAUGCUUCCAAAGAGUCUGUUGUGAACAUGCAUACCCAUUUUUAAGCUCUCACCUCAGGAACCACAGAGAGACCUCUAAAAUGCAUUUUGAGUCUACAGUUUUCCCUUUAGCUUGGGACCUUGAUUUCAGUUGUAGACAACUUGAUGUUUUCCUUGCUAAUAGUUGGAUGUCUUAUGGCUGCUUUUAGUAGAUCACAGCUGAGCCCAGACCAUGACUAGGAUCUCUGAUUCAUAAGGUACAAGAUGUAAGGACUGUUUAGCAAUAUUUACUUAAUCAACAAAGUGUAUCUGGUUUUGAGGUAAUUAAACAUGCCUAGAAUUUUUACAUAGUUCUGUACACUGACCUUUGUAGAAUGUUCUAGGGUUCUUGUUAAGGGUCAAAUAGUUUGUUUUUAAAGAGACUACUGAAUCAUACGUGGCUUGUUGAAAUACUUGUAUGCACAUUCUUCAGCCUGAGCAAUGGGAAGUCGUGCUUUCUGUUGUAAACUGGUUUACAGAGAAUUUUGCUAAUGAAAGAUGAAGUAGUUGUAGAGUCUUACUUGACAGGUACUGUGCUAUGUUGGAAUGAACUAUAGUUGCCACUAUCUCCACCAGCAGAGUAUAGUCUAGAUUAAUAAAAUGUGCAU